AUGAAGAGUUUUAUAUCAUCUCGCUUGCCCCGGCUGCAGGUCGAGCAGACGGAGUCUAGUUUCGUAUGCGGAGAUGGACAAUGGUCAAACAAAGAUCUCGAUCCGGUCCCCAUAAAUAUGCGAAAAUGGACAGUCCUCAAUUUCGUUGGUUACUGGGUGUCCGAUUGCUUCUCUGUUGCAAAUUGGCAAUUGGCGAGCAGCAUCGUCGCCAUCGGGCUCUCCUGGAAAGAAUCUUUAGGGAUGGUUGCUCUCGGGUUCUUUAUCCUGUCCAUUGUCAUAUCCAUGAACGGAGCCAUUGGAGCAAUCUACCACAUUCCAUUUCCUGUCAUUGCACGCGCAAGUUGGGGAUUCUGGGGCUCAUAUAUUCCAAUCGUUUCAAGAUUGAUUCUCGCCGUCUUCUGGUUUGCCACCCAGGUUGUGAAUGGAGGAAAUUCCGUGGUGGUCAUGAUUGGAGCCAUCUGGCCAAGCUUCUUGGAUAUCCCAAAUGCGCUCCCGGAUAGCGCAGAUAUAACGACGCAGGGGAUGGUGGGAUUCUUCAUAUUCUGGCUAUUUCAGAUCCCAUUUCUUCUUUUCCACCCAAAUAAGCUUCGCUGGCUAUUUCUCUUCAAAUCUAUUGUCGUGCCAAUUGCAUGGAUUGCUAUGCUCAUCUGGGCCUUUGUCGGCACCUCGAACGCAGGUGAUAUCUUUUCACAGAGCAGUCAACUCACUGGAUCAUCUUACUCCUGGGCCAUGAUGUCGGCUCUCACAUCGGUUAUUGGAAAUUAUGCCACUCUCAGUGUCAACCAAGCGGAUUUUUCGCGAUAUUCUUGCGUCAACCCUCGGUGGCACAUGCUAUACGUCGUCCUGCUCCCGGCAUUCUUCACCUUCAUUGCAUUCAUUGGCAUCGCCGUUUCCUCCGCUGGACAGGCCAAAUUCAACACCGAGUCUAUUCCGUGGGACCCGAACGUUCUCGUAUCACUCUGGAGCAAUCGGGCUUGUCGAUUCUUCGCCGCGUUUUCUUUUGCUCUUGCCGCGCUUGGAUCUAAUAUCUCUGCGAAUUCGUUGGCGGCAGCAAAUGACCUCUCUGCCAUUGCACCGAAGUUCAUCAACAUUCGACGUAGGCAACUAAUUUGUGCUCUGUUUGCCUGGGCACUAGUUCCUUGGAAGAUUCUUGCCUCCGCUGGCAAUUUUCUCAAUUUUAUGUCAGCCUAUGCGAUCUUUCUUGGGCCCAUUGCUGCCAUUAUGCUUUGUGAUUAUUGGAUUGUUAAGCACCGGAAAUACGACUGUGUCGCUUUGUAUCGACCGACGGGUAUUUAUCGGUACUUCCAUGGAUUUAACUGCCAUGCUCUGGUAGCUUUUGUGAUUGGCACAGUUCCAAGUCUUCCUGGUUUGAUGCAUUCCGUGAAUGCAAGCAUCGAGAUCGGAGUUGGGAUCCAUCCGUAUGAAUUUGGCUGGCUUCUGGGUUUUGUCGGCAGUGGGUUGGUUUAUGUUGGUCUGAACAUAUGCUUCCCAUACGUCGAUGCAAAUAUAGCUAUGGCCAUCCUUCCGGAUGAAAACCUGGAAGAAAUUGUGCUAGAUGAGAGCGUUGUGGUCUUAGAUAGUGAAUGGAAGGGCAAGGAGAUAGGCUCAUGA